AUGACACCAGUUUCUUUUGCCGAACUGAACAAAGAAUGCCAUUUAAUCGGCAAUCACUUUGUGCAAGUUCAUCCGGUUGAGUUGCGUCCAGUUGUGUCAAACCCUAGAAUUGGACUCCGACUAAAUGUUGCGCGCAGCAUUCCUCGUGUCUCGACGGUGAAAAGCACCACAACCGGUAUUAAAAUAGUUGUCACUCCCGUGUGGUUCGAGGAAAUUAAAGUUACAAAUCCAAUUCGCUAUCCACCAACCAUAACGACUUCAAGCAACAUCGAACUACGUCGAUCAUUCGACACUCUUGCCACGUACCGAACGAUACGAGACGGGCAGCACAACAAACAUAUCGAUUUUGUUACUGAACCAUUCAAACCGAGCGUGAACUCGAUUGAGACACUUAUUGUAGUACUUGACAUGCUCGCUCAAUCGAACGGAAUGCAGACGAGUUUUACAAAUAAACCGUUUAAUUACGAACAUAGCAUGUACCGCGCUGCAUGUGGUGUGGUUGAUUUGUCCACCGUGCCCUUGCUCAAUAUUGACGGAUAUGGACCUCUAGCCACGGCCACGUUUAACCUCAAACUUAAUUUGUCUUACGAAGAGGUCACGUCAAGUGAAGAGAAGACGAGUGAAUUCGUAAUUUCUUUCGUCAAUGAUAUCGCUAAGAAGUUCGAGUGUCUACCUGAGUAUGUGCGUGUGUUUGAACUCGCACGUGGUAGUUUAAUAGCUAAGUGGGGUUUUACCACAACAGAUCAAGAAUAUACACAGAAUCUUGCUAAGAAAUUUGUAGAGGAAGCGCAAAAACCAUUUUCUGUCGACUUAUUGGUGCUUUCAAAAACGGUUCCAGCUAAUUAUUCUAUUCAAUGGGAACAAAUACCUUCAGUUUUACAGCUGCAGCCAAGUGCCUUUGAUCCAAAACACGACCGAGACUACCGCAGCGGGCCAGUCCAUGAUUCCGAGCAGCGACGGGGUAAUCGUCCGUAUUACCGUCCGAUUGGUUGGUAUCGCCAUGCAUUGAGUGUCAUAGAUAAAUAUCCUGGCGAUGAGCAUUGGUUGGGCCGUGAGGCCCAAUAUGGCAUCUAUCUUGCGACACAUUGCAACAAAGGAGCAGAUGCACAGCGAUAUGCUGAAACGUUUACAGUAAAAAUGCCACCGGGUAUGGCGUCCGAGGAAGCAGCAUAUAAGGUUGUGCUCCAAUGUCGUUACAAUAUUAACACGUUUACUGAACAUUCUUGGACCUGGAAAUCCGAGCCGUUUGAUCCCUUAGCUAAGGAAAUACGCGUAUAUAAGAUGGACGGUGUCCGCCCGUACGGUGUCUUGCUGAAAAAAGUGAAUCAAAAUGCCGAACCUAAUUUAACUGGUGUGUGGAUCUGUGAUGACAAUGAGCAUAACGUACAAGAUGCUGGUACGUAUUUCGUUAGUCAAUUUGGUGAAAAGGUUUUCUGGUUUGGACGGCAAUAUAAGGCGCCGUGGAAUUUCGCUAAUGUUAGCUAUGGUACUCUAAGUAGAAAUGAUAGAAAGUUAUCGAUACUGUGGGGUGAUUUACCACUCGGACAUAAUAGACUUUUUGGCAGAUUAAUAUUAGAAAUAUCACCAGAUUAUCAAAUGAUGGUAAAAGGAAACGGUAGUGACAAAAUAUUUGGCGGUACUCACUUUCGUCGAGUACCAAACCAGCAUUUAGAUAAAUUUGAGGUUGAUGCCAAUAUGAAAUGGAGCACCACAACCAAUGACAUGAGCGGUUGUUGGAAAGGGAACGAUGGGACAAAAUAUGCAAUUGGUACUUGUCAAAAUCAAAUAUAUUGGUUAGGAAUCGAUGAAACGAACAAGCGAUCACAUAUUGGUGUUGGCACAAUCAGUGGCAAUAUCAUUACUGUCAAUUGGGGUGAUAUAAUGAGUGCUCAAGAAAGAUUUCAUGGUAUGUUAGAAAUGUUCAUGUCAGACUGGGCUGAAUUCGGGGUAUUUGCCUUAAGAAUGGUUUGCCGUGGAUGUGGUUGUGUUGGCCAUUUCGGCGUGGUUUUUGUUUUGUCAUUUGAUGAAUUUUUAAUUUUAGGAGGAAAAUUGGUUUUAUCUAUGCAAUAA